AUGAAAGCCCCAGCUACUUCCCAGGCGCCGCUAAAGGCCACUUCAGACGUCGAGGACAUCGUGGAGCCCAUCGCUAUCGUCGGAUUUGGUUUCAAGUUCCCACAAGACAUUACCAACACCGAAAGCUUAUGGAAGUUACUAAUGGAGCGCCGGUCUACCAUGACCGAGAUUCCGAAGAAUAGAUGGAACAUUGAUGGUUUUUACAAAGAGCAUGGCCAUCGACCUGGCACAGUCAAGAAUCGCGGUGGGCAUUUUCUCGCAGAUGACCCAGCGCGAUUCGACGCACCCUUCUUCUCUAUCCAGCCAGCUGAGGCAGAAUGUAUGGAUCCACAGCAACGGUUGCUACUUGAGACAAGCUAUCAUGCUCUUGAAAAUGCCGGAAUUCCUAUGCAGUCAGCCAUGGGUACAAGGACUUCUGUACAUGUCGGCUGUUUACUACAGGAAUACAGUCAAAUCUCGCAGAGAGAUGCGCAAAUGCCUGGUGACUACCGUAUCGUCGGGUCCAGUGGGCUAGCUAUGCUUGCCAAUCGAUUGAGUUGGUUUUAUGAUUUCAGCGGACCAAGUAUGACUGUCGAUACAGCGUGCUCUGGCGGGCUUGUUGCACUCCAUCUAGCAUGCCAGGAAUUACUCACCGGUAAUGUGAACAUGUCUCUUGUUUGUGGCAACAAUCUGUGUCUGCUACCAGACUCUACAGCCCUACUUAGCAGUCUGAACAUGAUGUCCAAGGAUAGUGUCUGUUACUCUUUCGACGAAAGAGCUUCUGGUUAUGCACGUGGCGAAGGCUUCGGUGUACUGGUCUUGAAACGUCUUUCACAGGCCAUUACAGAUGGCGAUACCAUUCGUGGCGUCAUCCGAUCUACCGGUUGCGGGCAAGACGGCAAUACGCCUAGCAUCACAUCGCCAAGUCAGACGGCACAAGAACGUCUUAUUCGUGAGACAUACGCUCGAGCGGGUCUCAGUCUUGAUGAGACUCGAUACUUUGAAGCGCAUGGCACUGGAACUCCGGUUGGUGACCCAUGCGAGGCAGCCGCCAUCAAUAGUGUCUUUAGUUCUCGAACACCGGAAGAGCCCAUGUACGUCGGGGCACUCAAGUCAAACAUGGGCCAUCCAGAAGGUGCUAGUGGGAUAGCGGGUGUCAUCAAAACACUUCUCGUGCUUGAGAAUGGUAUCAUUCCACCAAACGUAUACCCUGAGCGCAUCAACCCAGCUGUUACGUUAGCUGGACCAAACCUAAGGUUCCCACUUGAACCGGUGGUAUGGCCUACGAAUGGUAUACGGCGCGCAAGUGUCAACUCCUUUGGAUAUGGCGGAACAAAUGCGCAUGUUGUUAUUGAUGAUGCGCUCAGUUUUCUGAAUGAACGUGGGCUGCAUAGCCGACACUGCACUCGAGCACUUCAAAGUAUCCAAGAACAUUGCGUGGCGGACCAAGAAGCAUCGACGAUAAUCGAUGACACUCCUGGAUCUACUGACUGUGAAAGACUCGAGCACGAGCGACAACGCUAUGACAGCAUCACGAGCAUUGGUGGACCCGAACCGAAAACAGAAUCCUUAUCAACCAACGAAACACCUUCCCGUGCGACUUCUGAAACAGAAGACGAGAACAUUCGUCUCACUGAAGCUUUCAAUUCGAGCCCGAAAUUGCUAGUUGUGUCUGGAUUCGAUGAGCGCGCUGUACGGAGAUCAGUCACAGCUCUGCAGCGUUGGAUGCAAGAUCAUAUAGUCGAUGAUAACCGAGUACAGGGUCUUGAGGAUCUCGCAUAUACUUUGGCCGAAAAACGCACCUCUUUCCCUUGGAAUACCGUAUGCGUCGCGCCAUCAGAAUCGACUCCACACCUUGCAUGGCCUGUCCCUAUGCGAAUGAGGCAGAGAGUAGAUGUGUGCUUUGUUUUUACCGGACAAGGUGCGCAGUGGCACGGUAUGGGCCGUGAACUAUUGGCAUACGAAACUUUCCGAGAUUCCAUGCUCCAAGCCGACCGAUUUUUUAAGGCUCUUGGUAGCGAAUGGUCUUUGAUGGAUGAACUUUACAACAAGAACAAGGAAGAAUCGGCCAUAAAUCAGCCUGAGCUCAGCCAACCCAUCUGUACAGCCCUGCAAGUCGCGAUUGUGGACUUGCUGACCUCCUGGAAACUUGGCGCCCGCGCAUCCGUCGGUCAUUCUUCUGGCGAAAUUACUGCUGCAUAUACCAGUAAGGCAAUAUCCCGAGAGUCUGCCUGGAUGAUUGCCUACUUCCGCGGAUUAGCUGUCGCAAUCACUCAAAACAUUACAUCCUUCCAAGGUGCCAUGAUCGCUGUUCAGGCGCCUCUUGAUGUCUGGGAACAUCUGAUGACUGAACAGAAUGCUGCGUAUCCAAGUGAUCGAGUGUCCAUUGCUUGUUACAGCAGUCCAAGGAGCUUUACUGUGUCCGGUUCCCACGAUGCCAUCCAUCGGCUGGUUGAUAUGCUCAAAGAAGCGAGCAUUGAAGUCCAUAUUCUCAAGAUCAAUGUCGCAUACCAUUCACAACACAUGCAACCGGUAGCUGGCGUGUAUAGCAAGCUUCUUCGUGGUAUCGAUUGUGGGGAGCAAACCGAAAACCAGCCGUUAUUUGUAUCUACCGUGACUGGUGACAGUCUAGGAGAGACGGAUGAGUUGAGAACCGCCCAGUAUUGGAAUAGAAACCUUACUGGAGCUGUCAAAUUUUCAACGGCCUUGGAUACGAUUUGCAAACACCAGGAUGCUUCAUCCUACUUUUUCCUCGAGAUCGGUCCGCAUUCAGUACUGCGUUCGCCUCUGGGGGAAAUUCUGAAGGCUCAUGACAGAGAUGUCACAUUGGACUAUGCUUCUGUACUGCGGCGCGAUCGUUCGAGCUCCAUUACGGCUCUAGAGUGCGCUGGGAAACUCUACACAAUAGGUGCAUCGAUAGACAUUGCUGCUGUUAACAAGAGCAGCGGUCCCAGCCCAAAGUUUCUCACAUCUCUUCCAGGCUAUCAGUUUGAAGACAAGAAGAAAUACUGGCUGGAAGGGAGAACCAGCAUUCAGUACCGUCAGACGAAAUUUGUUCACCAUGAACUUCUCGGGUCGCGCACUCCAGACUGGAACGAGCACGAAGCACGCUGGACUAAUCGAAUCCUCUUGGAACAGUCACCAUACCUUAAGGACCAUAUGAUUAACGGUAUGUGUCUUAUGCCUGCUGCCGGCAUGCUUGUGAUGGCUAUCGAAGCUGUGCGACAAUUCUACGGCGAACGCGCUACAAGGGCGACUGGAUACAAGCUUCGGGACGUAACGUUUACAAAAGCCAUGACGCUAUCUGGGGAUCCUCGUGGGACUGAAAUCCAGUUCACAUUGCGACCUGCAAAUCUUGACCCGCGAGAUGAGCUGCCAGGAAGCCUGUGGGAUCAUUUCUCCCUCUACACCUACGAGGACGAAGGAUGGCAUCUGUGUUGUGCUGGGUCAAUCUCGAUCGACUAUCAUGAAGCUACUGGUGGCUCGGAGAUUUUGGAAGAGAAGAAGUGUAACAUGAACCUAGCCCUGGAAGAAUGCGGCAACGAAAUCGACAGUGGAGAGAUCUAUGGCGCAUUCAACCAGGCUGGUCUGGCAUACGGUCCAACCUUUCGGGGAAUGUGCAAUGUAAAAUGGGACAAACACAGUCAGGCUACUGGCACGAUUGGUCUCCGCGACUGGGAGGCUCAAGCAAGGUUCGACUACAGCGAUACGCAUCUCAUUCACCCAGCUGCCCUAGACACAAUAUUGCAGCUGACAUUCCCGGCGUAUUCCAUCUACGCCAAAGAUUCUUCGGCGACGACGGUGCCCACAGGCUUUAGCAAUGCGUGGUUCUCGGCCGGAUUGGCCACCGCAUCUUGCAAUCGUCAAGAGGUUCACGUGCAUGCCAAAGUGUCUGGACGUGGCUUCCGCAACAAGUUAUUCACUGUCACAGCCGCUUUUGCCGGUACCCAAGACCCGUGUUUCUUUGGGGAACUUGAAACCUCGACAAUCGGUCGCAGUGUCGCCCCCAGCCCCGAGAAGUCGCAUCGCAGUCUCUAUAGGAUUGAAUGGCAGUCAGCAGACUUUGAUAGCAUCGCGUUGGACUCUGAAUUGCCCGCGACGUUGACAUCCACCAUCCGUGUGGUUUUUGAUGAUGCGAACGAGCUACAGACGAGCCUCGCACGAGCAAUAUAUGAGAAAUUUCUAGUGCACCAUGGACCUCAGGCCCUAAUACCUUGGAAUGUUGCUACGGAGAGCGACGUAGCAGACACGACCUGUGUGUUCCUCCCGGGGUUGGAUGGCACCUUUCUUCAAUGCCUGGAAGAGGAGGACCUAGAAAAAGUCAAAUUUCUUCUCGCAACAACCAAAUCGCUCAUCUGGGUCACAUUCCAGCACCACGCUGUAAAUGAGAACCCCACGGAGGGCCUAGUGUCAGGACUGGUUCGUACGCUUGCAACUGAAUCCGAAGACUACAGGCUCGUAAGUGUCAAUUUGAACGUGCAGAAUGGCAUUAUCCACCAACAAACGGAUCCUGAAGACGAGUACUGCGAAAUAGACGACUCGUUGUGCACUCCUCGGGUCGUCGAUGACGACGAGCUUGCCAAUCAAGCUCUGCCUUCUGAGCAGUCGGUACAAUAUGUCGAGAAGCCCUGGAGUGAAUUGGACAACCCAAAGCUUACGAUUGGCGCUGCUGGCAUUCUCAACACUUUGCACUAUGAACAGAGCUCUGAUUACGACAAUGCCAUAGCGGCCGAUGAUGUUGUCGUCGAGAUCAAGGCGACAGGGCUUAAUGCUCGAGACCUCUUGGUCGCUAUCGGACAAGUGCACGAUGAAGUUUUCGGCAGCGAAAUCGCCGGUGUUGUUGUUCGUGUUGGGUCGUCAAGUACCCGCUUCAAAGUUGGUGAUAGGGUUUUUGGUGUAGCCACGUCUGGUGUUAUGCAGGUUGUGCACUGCAAAAGUUUCCAGCUGCGCGAGAUUCCAGCAAGCAUGAGCUUCCAUGAAGCUGCAGCUUUCCCAGUGGCAUACUGUACGGCUUACUAUGCACUCGUCGAGGGUGCGAGGAUCAAGAACAACAACUCAAUUCUUAUCCACCACGGUGUGAGUGCAACGGGUCAAGCUGCAAUCAAGAUUGCUCAACUUUAUGGGUGCACAGAUGUCCUCGUCACCGUUAAUUCGGUGGGUGAAGCGAACUUCCUGAAGAAUCAGUGUGGUAUUCUAGAAUCACACAUCUUUAUUGCUGAAGAGCGAAACUUGGCACACAGAAUCUGCCAUUUGACUGAUGAAAGAGGUGUAGAUGUUGUUCUAGGCAGUCCUGGGGUUUUGCAACAAUCGUGGCCAUGCAUAGCACCAUUCGGCCGCUUCAUCGACAUAGGAGAAAAGGAUGUCUUUGUCUCUACGGCAAAUGGUUCCAAGCAGAUUGCGAUACCACCAUCGACGCAGAACAUAAGCUUUACCCGCGUAAACUUCCAAGAGCUCGCACAAAGCACUAUGUUCACGGGCAUUUUCGAGCAAGUCCUCUUGCUGAUUACGGAUAGCAACGUGGGCCCACCUCAACCACUCACUGUUUUUAAGCAGAGCGAGAUUGAGCAAGCGUUCCGAGCUCUGCAGGAAGAAAAACUAGUUGGCAAAGUCGUGGUAGAGAUGAAGGGCGAAGAGCUUGUUGAGAUGGAAGUUGCGCCAAACGCCUCCGAGCCACUCUUCCGUGCAGACGCGAGCUACCUUGUCGCUGGGGCAUUCGGCGGUAUAGGCCAAAGCAUCACCCGGUGGAUGGUUGAGAACGGUGCUAAGCACUUGAUUUUACCAUCAAGAUCGCUCGUCGAAGGAACAGAUUGUGUGCGUUUGCAGUUCGUAAACGAGCUUCGUACGCAAGGCGCCAUCGUUCACGCUCCAGUGUGCGACAUUGCAAAUGCAUCUCAACUCGAGUCAACGCUCAAUUCUCUCUCCUCAAUGCCCGCGGUUGCAGGCUGCAUUCAAGCCGCAAUGUCUAUGCACGAUUCGUCCUUUGCGAAAAUGACCAUCGCACAAUGGCACGAAUCGCUCGCUCCAAAAGUGUCCGGGUCCUGGAACCUGCACACGCUUCUUCCGCGGAAUUUGGACUUUUUCGUGAUGCUCUCUUCUUCCACGGGAAUCAUGGGUUCCUUUGGUCAAGCAAACUACACAGCAGGUAACACAUACCAAGAUAACCUAGCUUUGCAUCGUAUGCGCAACGGCCAACGCGCUCAUACGCUUGCUCUAAGCAUGGUAACAGGCGUCGGCUAUGUUGCGCAAAACGAGCAAGUUCAGUCCCUACUGCGCGUUCGCGGCAUGCUAGAGGAAGUCAGUCUCAAUGACAUCUAUGCGCUCCUGCGCUUCUGCUGUGACGCCGAACGCGUCGACGCCAGUACGAUUGGCCCGAAUAUCAUAACACCUCUCACUCUCCCCGCAGACCUGCGCGCGUUGAACAUCGUUGCGCCGCUCGGCAGUACACGCCCCAUUUACCACUAUCUUGACACUCUUCCUGCGCGCAUCAAACCCUCACCUACUGCACAAAAUAGCACGUCACACCUUCUCUCUUCUGCCACAUCUCUCGCACAAGCAACCGACAUUGUCGUCUCGGCCAUUCAAACACAACUUUCGAGUCUCCUCGUCGUCGCCAAAGAGGACAUUGAUCCGCAAAGGGCGAUCUAUCGGUACGGCGUAGACUCGCUGGUUGCAGUUGAGAUGCGGAAUUGGUUUAGCAAAGCCGUAGGUGCGGAUGUGGCGACGAGUGAGAUUAUGAGCGAUAGGGAGUAA